ACCGAAAAAACAUACUUAACCAUAUUCGUAUAUAAACAUCCUUUUCCCACACUUUUUCCACCCAUAAACAACACCUCACUACUCUUCAAAACACCGAUAUGGCCUCCAUCGCCGCCACCACAUCAUACUUCUUCGGCACCCGUCUCUACAGCCCAACAACCUUAAACACCGGAAGGUUCCACGCGCUCUUCAACUUCGGCACCAAGAAGGCGCCGCCGCCCCCGCCGAAGAAAAAGGAAGUCAAAGUGAAACCCUCCUCCGGCGACCGCCUGGUGUGGUUCCCGAAUGCAGAGCCACCGGAGUGGCUCGACGGAAGCAUGAUCGGCGACCGAGGGUUCGAUCCGUUCGGGUUCUCAAAGCCCGCGGAGUACCUGCAGUUUGACCUGGACUCGCUGGAUCAGAACCUCGCGAAGAACGUCGCCGGCGAAAUCAUCGGAACAAGGGUGGAGGUUGCAGAGGUCAAACCGACGCCGUUUCAGCCCUACACGGAGGUUUUCGGGAUUGAGAGGUUCCGCGAGUGCGAAGUCAUUCACGGAAGGUGGGCAAUGCUGGGUGCUCUCGGUGCUUUGGCCGUUGAGGCUCUCACUGGAGUCGCAUGGCAAGACGCCGGAAAGGUAGAGCUGGUGGAAGGAUCAUCUUACCUGGGACUUCCACUUCCGUUUUCAUUGACAACACUGAUAUGGAUCGAGGUGAUAGUGAUAGGAUACAUAGAGUUUCAAAGAAACGCAGAACUUGACCCAGAGAAAAGGUUGUACCCAGGAGGCAAGUUCUUCGAUCCUUUGGGUUUGGCCAACGACCCUGAAGAAAAAGCCAGACUUCAACUUGCAGAGAUCAAGCAUUCCCGCUUGGCCAUGCUCGUCUUCCUCAUCUUUGCCAUUCAAGCUGCUGUCACUGGAAAAGGUCCUAUCAGUUUUAUUGCUACCUUCAACAAGUGACAUACAUAUAUUACAUAAUAUAACUUUACUCCUCUAAUUUUAUUAAUUCUUUUCGGGACACACCCAAACUAUGAAAACUGCUACCUAUAAUAUCAUGCCCAAUGUUAUGUACGUUUCUACCUGUUGUUCGAUA